AUGGAAAUUUUUUGGAAGACGCUGACUUGGAUAUUUAGCCUGGUCUUGGCCGCUGCUGAAGCUCAGAUCCUUUCAUACAACUCUCAAGCGGAAUUCCUGUCCAUGCUGGAGCACUAUCAGCUAACAGUACCAGUGCGGGUGAAUGAGAGGGGCCAGUUCAUGAGUUACACUGUGAAGCAUUACAGGCCCGGUCGGCGGCGACGUGGACUGGACCAGGCUGAGCUGGACCACACUGAGACCAGGCUUUUUUACAGACUCUCAGCCUAUGGCAAGCACUUUCACCUGAACCUGACACUCAACCCCAACCUGGUUUCUAAACAUUUCACGGUAGAGUACUGGGGCAAAGACGGACUAGACUGGCAGCAUUCAGUAGUCGAUAACUGCCACUAUGUUGGAUACCUACUGGAUCAAUAUAGCACUACAAAAGUGGCAUUGAGCAACUGCAAAGGCUUGCAUGGUGUCAUAACCACAGAGGACGAGCAAUAUUUAAUAGAGCCAUUAAAAAAUAUAUCCAGAAAUUUCAGUGAUGUCAACCACGAAGGACAACCACAUGUUAUUUAUAAAAAGACUUCCAUUCCUUCUCUGCAAGAGCCAAGCGAGGAGUUCAGCUGUGGUGUUUCAGACCUCACAAUAAACCGGACACCCAGCUACAAUACCAAUCCUGAAGCAAACCCACCUUACCCAGCCACGGACAGCGACAGCUCGAUGGGUGGCCACCGCCAGCGGCGUUCUGUCAGCUCUGAACGCUUUGUGGAGACCCUAGUGGUGGCGGACAAAAUGAUGGUUGGCUACCACGGUCGCAAAGACAUCGAGCACUACAUCCUGUCUGUAAUGAAUAUUGUUGCCAAACUUUAUCGUGAUGCCAGUCUUGGAAACGUUGUGAACAUUAUUGUAACCCGACUGAUUGUUCUGACAGAAGAUCAGCCGAACUUGGAGAUAAACCACCAUGCAGACAAAUCUCUAGACAGCUUCUGUAAAUGGCAGAAAUCCAUUCUUUCUCAUCAGGGAGAUGGAAACAGUAUCCCAGAGAAUGGGAUCGCCCAUCAUGACAAUGCUGUUCUCAUUACAAGGUAUGACAUCUGCACCUAUAAGAACAAACCCUGCGGUACUCUCGGUUUGGCAUCCGUAGCCGGAAUGUGUGAGCCAGAGAGGAGCUGUAGUAUUAAUGAAGAUAUAGGCCUUGGUUCAGCCUUCACUAUUGCACAUGAGAUCGGACACAAUUUUGGCAUGAACCAUGAUGGGAUCGGGAACUCCUGUGGGACCAAAGGUCACGAGACAGCCAAGCUGAUGGCGGCCCAUAUCACAGCCAACACCAACCCCUUCUCCUGGUCAGCCUGCAGCAAGGACUAUAUCACCAGCUUUUUGGACUCAGGUCGGGGAACGUGUCUGGACAAUGAGCCUCUGAAACGAAACUUCCUGUACCCCACUGUGGCUCCAGGGCAGGUGUACGAUGCAGAUGAGCAGUGUCGUUUCCAGUACGGCGCCUCCUCCCGUCAGUGCAAAUAUGGGGAAGUGUGUAGAGAGCUCUGGUGCCUUAGCAAAAGUAACCGCUGUGUCACCAACAGUAUCCCCGCCGCAGAAGGAACCCUGUGCCAGACCAGCACCAUUGAAAAGGGGUGGUGUUAUCAGGGUGAAUGUGUGGCGUUCGGGACGUGGCCGCAGAGCGUGGACGGAAGCUGGGGACCUUGGACCACCUGGGGCGAGUGCAGUCGUACCUGCGGCGGCGGCGUCUCCUCAUCCAUGCGACACUGUGACAGCCCAGCACCGACAGGCGGAGGGAAGUACUGUCUCGGAGAGAGGAAACGCUACAGAUCGUGUAACACUGACGCUUGUCCAGCAGGAUCGCGUGACUUUAGGGAGAAGCAGUGUGCCGAUUUUGACAACAUGCCUUUCCGUGGGAAGUACUACAACUGGAAGCAGUACACUGGAGGUGGAGUGAAACCAUGUGCGUUGAACUGUCUGGCUGAGGGCUACAACUUCUACACCGAACGCUCGCCCGCUGUCAUCGACGGCACGCGCUGCCAGGCAGACUCGCUGGACAUAUGCAUCAAUGGAGAGUGCAAGCAUGUUGGCUGUGAUAACAUCCUGGGCUCGGCUGCCAAGGAGGACAGAUGCCGUGUGUGCGGUGGGGACGGCAGUACGUGUGAGGUCACCGAAGGGCUGUUCAACGAUUCACUGCCCAGAGGAGGUUAUAUGGAGAUUGUCCAGAUACCAAAAGGAUCGGUUCAUAUUGAAAUCAGGGAAGAGGCCGUGUCAAAGAACUACAUUGCUUUGAAAUCGGAGGGGGAUGACUAUUACAUCAACGGAGCCUGGACCAUCGACUGGCCCCGCAAAUUUGACAUCGCAGGAACAGCCUUCCACUACAAGAGGCCGACUGACGAACCCGAGUCGCUAGAAGCUCUAGGGGCCACCACUGAAAAUUUGGUGGUUAUGGUGCUACUACAGGAACAAAACCUGGGCAUCCACUACAAGUUCAAUGUGCCGAUUCAGCGUAUAGGAAGUGGGGACAAUGAAAUGGGCUUCUCCUGGCACCAUCUGCCCUGGUCUGAGUGCUCUGCAACAUGUGCAGGAGGCUCGCAGAAGCAGGAGGUGGUUUGUAAAAGACUGGACGACGGUUCAGUGGUCCAAAACAGCUACUGCGACCCGGACAGCAAACCGCCAGGGAACCAGCGACCUUGCAACACCGAGCCUUGUCCUCCGGAGUGGUUUAUCGGUGACUGGUCAGAAUGUGGGAAAACCUGUGACGGAGGCAUCCGAACACGCACUGUUUUGUGUAUCCGUAAAAUCGGACCCACUGAGGAGGAGACCCUGGAGGACAGCCACUGUCUGACCCAUCGGCCAAUAGAACAAGAGUCCUGCAACAAUCAGUCCUGCCCGCCCCAGUGGGUGAUGCUGGACUGGUCUGAGUGCACCCCAAAGUGUGGCCCUGGCUUCAAGCACCGCAUUGUUCUGUGUAAAAGUAGCGACCUGACCAAAACCUUCCCACCAGCCCUCUGUUCUGACCAAAACAAACCUCCAGUCCGUAUUCGCUGCAGCUUAGGACGCUGUCCGCCGCCACGCUGGAUCCCUGGAGAAUGGGGACAGUGCUCUGCUCAGUGUGGACUAGGGCAGCAGAUGCGGAUGGUUCAGUGUCUGUCGUAUACAGGACAGCCCUCCACCGAAUGUCCAGAGUCACUACGGCCCAACACCAUGCAGCAGUGUGAAAGCAAGUGUGACGCUACACCCAUCUCCGGUGGCGACGAGUGCAAAGACGUAAAUAAGGUGGCAUAUUGCCCAUUGGUGCUGAAGUUCAAGUUCUGCAGCCGUGCUUACUUCAGGCAGAUGUGCUGCAAGACGUGCCAAGGACACUGACCCCGCGGAGAGAAACAGAGACAACAAGGAAAGAGAGAGAAAACUGGCAGAGAGAAAAGUCAAUGCUGGGCACAGAGAAGGAAGCCUCUCUUUCGCUAAUCAACAAACACACACACACAACUGCU